UACAAUUAAGCGCCUUUGUGCGGUCAUAUAAAAGACGCUACUAAAUUUUUGGAGUAAUUUUUUAUUUGAUAGAACUUUACCAAAAAAGUUCAAAAAACGUAUUGAUUUGUAGUAAUAUGAGUAAUGUUACCAACCAAAAUGGAUCAGGUCUAGAGCAGCAGUUUGCUGGUCUGGACUUGCAGGGCGGCCAAACUGGUCGUUACGUGCCGCCCCAUUUACGUGGCAAAUUAUCUGCUGCUAGUGAAAAUAACCAAGUUUCUAGAAGUGACUCCCGUACUGGAGAUUCUUUUCGUGAUUCCAGAGAUUAUCGAGACACAAGGGAUUUUAGAGGGGGUAGCCGUUCAGCGGGCAGUUUUGGAUCGCGCGGUGGUGGUGGCAAUAGAGACCGCGGUGCCGAUUUCAGUAGUUUUAACAGAGGUGGUAGUUCCCGCGGCGGUGGUGGAGGCGGAUACCAGAACGGUGAGCGCGAUGGCUGGCCCGAUCACCGUGAUAAUGAGAGAGAUGCCGGAGGAUGGGGUAACAGAGGUAGCAGUGCACGCGAUUCGCGUAAUAACGACCGCUGGCAAGACGAUAAGCCAAAAAGCGCCGGAGGACGUGCAGGAGGUGGUACUGGAGGUGGUAGAUCCUCCGAUGUGGACUGGACGAUUCCGACGGCUCGCGAUGAACGUCUUGAGCUUGAAUUAUUUGGCAAUGCUAAUACUGGCAUUAAUUUUAAUAAGUAUGAAGACAUUCCCGUGGAGGCGACGGGUGAUAGAGUACCUGAGCCUAUCAACUCUUUUGAAGAUGUCAAGUUGACUGAGAUUAUACGUAACAAUAUUGCAUUAGCUCGUUAUGAUACACCUACCCCUGUACAGAAGUAUGCUAUACCAAUCAUCAUUAGCAAAAGGGAUGUUAUGGCAUGCGCUCAGACAGGAUCUGGUAAAACUGCUGCAUUUUUAGUACCCAUAUUAAAUCAAAUAUAUGAACGUGGACCACCGCCAAAUUCUCGCUCAUAUGGCCACCGAAAACAAUAUCCUUUGGGCUUAGUCUUGGCCCCAACUAGAGAACUUGCCACUCAAAUUUUUGAUGAAGCUAAAAAAUUUGCUUAUCGUUCAAGUAUGCGACCGGCAGUUGUAUAUGGCGGAGCACAUGUGGGAGACCAAAUGCGUGAAUUGGAUCGCGGAUGCCAUCUCUUAGUAGCCACUCCUGGUCGAUUAGUAGAUAUGCUUCAGCGUGGCAAAAUAGGUUUAGAUCAUUGUCAUUAUUUAGUUCUUGAUGAGGCUGAUAGGAUGUUAGACAUGGGUUUUGAGCAACAAAUUAGGCGAAUAGUAGAACAGGAUACAAUGCCACGCACUGGUCAAAGACAAACUUUGAUGUUCUCAGCCACAUUCCCAAAAGUUAUUCAGGAACUGGCCAGAGACUUUCUUGAUAACUAUAUAUUUCUUGCUGUUGGUCGUGUUGGAUCAACUAGCGAAAAUAUCACACAAAAAGUUCUGUGGGUUGAAGAGCAUGAUAAAAGAUCAUUUUUAUUAGAUUUAUUGAAUGCCUCUGAUCUAACACAACCUUCUGCUGAAAGUUUAACACUAGUUUUUGCAGAAACGAAAAAGGGAGUAGAUUCUUUAGAAGAGUUUUUGGAUCAAGAGGGUUAUCCUGUUACAUCAAUUCAUGGUGAUAGGACUCAAAGAGAACGUGAAGAUGCAUUGAGAAGAUUCCGCUCAGGCUCCACUCCAAUAUUAGUUGCAACAGCUGUAGCUGCUCGUGGUCUGGACAUUCCACAUGUAAAACAUGUGAUAAACUUUGAUUUACCCUCUGAUGUUGAAGAAUAUGUGCAUCGCAUCGGCCGUACUGGUCGUAUGGGUAAUCUUGGUGUUGCAACAAGUUUUUUUAAUGAUAAGAAUCGUAGUUUAUGCAAAGACUUAAUUGAACUGCUUGUUGAAUCCAAACAAGAAUUGCCUAGCUGGAUGGAUCGCGUGUCAACUGAUCGUGGUUAUACUGUUCGACGCGGUGGUUCUGGCCGUAACGGGGGCGGCGGCGGCGGCGGUGGUCGGUUCGGCGGUUCCGGAUUUGGGUCACGAGACUACCGCACACAGCAAGGCAGUGGAAGCGGAAGCGGAGGUAGUGGCAGGCAAAGCGGCGGCGGCAGAUCAAACAGCGGAUAUGGAGGAGGCGGUGGUUACUAUGGCAGUGGCGGCGGUAAUUACGGCGGCAAUUAUGGUGGUUCUACUACGAACGCAGGUCCCGACUGGUGGAACGAUAAUUGAUUCAUUAGCGUUUUCUAAAUUAGGUGGUGCGCGUCCCUUUACUUUUGUUCAAUGCCGUGUUUGAAGUUUUCACACAAACAUUACAGAUUGCAAAACCUUACGUUUUGACUUUACUUUUAUUUUGAUUGUCUAUAGAGAGGCGUACAUGCCUGUCAUUCAUGUUCGAUCAUUUUCACUAAUUAAUGACAAAAUAUAUUUAUAAUAUUAAAAGCAUUUCUCUAAUGAGAAAUGCAUUUAACUUGUAUAAUUAUUAUUAAUUGAACAGUAUAUUAUAUAAGUACCGAUACAUCGCAUUGUUGCGUGUUUGUAGAUAUUAAUUACUAUGUUUUUAAUUAUAAAUUAAUAGAUUUCUCUUUGCUUGGCCUGGUAAUCACUAUGUAUGGAGAUUACUCAUUAAAUUAAUAUAUACGUAAUUGUAUAUUUGCUUUUUUAAGCAUGUUUCUAUAUCACGGUUAAUCUUAGCGACGCCAAGCAUAGGGUAAAGUUAAAAAUGAUUUUAAUAAUUAUAUGUUUUGUCUCAAUGCAUACUCUCAUCAAAUAGAUUCAAAUUGAAUCAUACAAUCAUGCAUAAAGUUGCUGGCAACAUGAUAAUGGACAUUGAGCCAAACUGUGAUUAAUUUUGCUCAAUUGCCUUAUUUUGAUAAUUUUCACACAAGUGUGAGCGGAGUAGUUAAAACUUCAUUCUAUUUAAGAAUUAUUUAUGAGGUAAUUUUUUUUUUGAAGGCCUUUAACAAAAACCCCCAAUGUUCACCCAAUGAUUAUAGACUCAACGAAAAUAUGCAGUGCAUUGUUGUUGAUUUAGCCAAAAACAACUCAAUUUACAGUAACGGAUUUAAAAAUAUUUAUUUUGAAUGUUGAAAAUUAACAGAUUUUAAUGCUUCAUUCAAUACUGCUUAUUUCAACAACAAUUCAUUCAUUUCAACAACAAAAUGAUUCAUUUGCAUAUAAAAUUAACUCAAAUAAUUUUAAAUCUCUAUCCUCUUGAACAAUUUCAACAAUUGAAUGUUGGAACGAUUUUUAUAAUGAGGAUUUGAAAAUAGAAACUAAUUCCAAAUAUAGAUUAAAUGACGAUUUUAAUAUAAAAUCUUAUAUACAUUAAAGUUGGCAGCAUUUGUCCCGAUUGAUGAAUAUAUAAAAAUUUUGAGCGAUACUGAAAUAAAGGUUUUUUUCUAUGUUGUUAAAUUGGUUUACACCCCAUUAUUCAGAUUUUAAUAUCAUAUUUUAAUUGAUUAAUGUUGGAAAUAGUUUUUAUACAAAAUAUUUAUGUACAUCCUUGUACAAUUUUUGUGGUUUGUUAGUUUCAAUAUAUUUUUAUAAUUGAAUACUCGUGAAUGAAAGGGUAGAGUCAAAACACAAUCAAUA